AUGAACAAACUGUCUCCAGCCCUUCAGUUUUCAAAUCGACAAAAUUACCAACUCCAGGGGAAUUUAGAUGAUAAAGAUGUGGAAGACAAAAGACAAAAAGCCAUUGAAGAGUUUUUCACGAAAGAUGUCAUCGUACCCUCUCCCUGGACUAAUCACGAUGGAAAACCACUUUCAGUGUCUCAUUCCAGUAAAUGUAUAAAUGUAAAUGGUGAUUCUCCAGUUGGAACAAACGUGAUUGCUCCUCCUGAGAAGAACAAUGCUGCUUGUCAGACAUUGCUGUCUCUUCCUGUGGAUUUUAACUUGGAAAAUAUAUUAGGGGACUAUUUCAGAACGGAUGAAUUUGCUGAUCAAUCUCCAGGAAACCUCAGUUCAUCAUCUCUCAGAAGAAAGCUGUUUUUGGAUGGGAAUAGAAGUAUCUCUGACUCUUUAUCUCCAGCCUCUCCCCAAAGUCCUCUCAGCGGUGCUCACGCGUCACUUGAAGUUUUUUAUUCAAUAGAUUUAUCUCCUGUUCAGUGUAAGAGCCCUGUGCAGACACCAAGUUCGGGACAAUUCUCUUCUAGUCCAAUUCAGGAUAAUGUAAAAAAGUACAGUUUGGGAAGCACAACUGGUCGUUCACCUAUUUCUUCUCCUACUUUGUCUCCAAUUGCAUUUCAGACAGGAAAGGCAUCACUCUCAGAAAAGAAGAAGUUUCCUUUUCAUUGUCCUGACGCUUCAUCUAGAACAAAUUCCAAUGCAAUUACUGAUCCACGCAUGAGAAGUCCUUAUGUAGAUAACUGCUCAUCGGUCAAAAAUUGGUCUCCAUUGAGAGUGGAGAUGUACAGAACUGGUGCUCAUUAUCGGACCCCUCUGAUCCGGGUACCUGUUACUCUUGAGCCUCAUAGUGAAGAUCAAGAAGACAAAGAGACUCCUCCCAUAGUCAUCUCCUUACCAGCCAUGGAUACCGCAGGGGUGCCACUCGAGCAGUUAAAUAGAAAGGCUUGCAUGCAAGGCACACGUUUAGUUGUGACUACCAGGUCUGUUACUCAAAAUCAGCCCAGUGCUUCGGAGAAAGAACUUGCAGUGUUGCAGGAUGCUGAAAGUGAGAAAGAGAACAAGACUGUGGAUAUGGUUGAUCCUGUAGAGAUAGCAGAUGAGAACACUUUCCAAUCAAAAGAGGCGGUAGAUAACAGGAAUCUCCCCAUGAGUGAUAUUAUGAGCGGAAUGGCCUUCAGUAUGGAGAACUCUUCUAUGUGCAUGUUGCCUAUUGGAGAAAGCAGUGUGAUUCCUUAUGAAAACAGUAACAUUCAGCCAGUAUUUUCCCUGUAG